AUGAACGGCGCUCAAGACACCAAUGGCAAGGCGCCCGUCGGCAAUGCCAAUGGCGGACACUCUCGCGCCUCCGACCCAAUCGUCAAGGUGCAGCCUCCUCGUCGCGAAGAUCUCCAGACAUCGUAUGCGCAGGUCAUCAAGGCGGACCAAGAGGACGAGUCGCAACAUGGGUGGUAUGGGAGCAUGAUUAGUGGUCUUGGGAGCUUCGUCGGAACGCUUGGAGCUAUUCCGUGCUGCAUAGUCUGCCCGAACCCCUACAAGCCAGUCGCGCAAGGCAACGUCGGCCUCGUCACGAAGUUUGGUCGUUUCGCAAAGGCCGUGGACCCAGGUCUCGUCAAGAUCAACCCGCUGUCUGAGAGCCUGAUCCAGGUGGAUGUCAAGAUUCAGAUUGUCGAGGUGCCGAAGCAAGUCUGCAUGACCAAGGACAACGUUAACGUCCACCUCACCUCCGUCAUCUACUACCGCAUCACCUCGCCCCACAAAGCCGCCUUCGGCAUCUCCAACCUCCGCCAAGCCCUCGUCGAGCGCACGCAGACCACUCUCCGCCACGUUAUCGGUGCUCGCGUCCUGCAAGAUGUCAUUGAGCGCCGCGAGGAGAUCGCCCAGUCCAUCCGCGAAAUCAUAGAGGAGACGGCGACAGGCUGGGGCGCGGACGUUGAGAGCAUGCUCAUCAAGGACAUUAUCUUCAGCCAGGAGCUACAGGAUAGCUUGUCGAUGGCCGCACAGAGCAAGAGGACUGGUGAGGCCAAGGUCAUCAGCGCGCGCGCGGAGGUCGAGAGCGCCAAAUUGAUGCGCCAGGCGGCCGAUAUUCUGUCCAGCGCGCCAGCCAUGCAGAUCCGGUACCUCGAGGCUAUGCAGGCGAUGGCGAAGACGGCGAACAGCAAGGUCAUCUUCCUCCCGGCGUCGGGAGGCGAUGGUGUUCGAUCUGCAUUGAACGAAGCAGACAAGCACGGCGAAGGCCCAUCAAGCUACGCGCAAUACGACCCGAACACCAGCGAGUUUGGCAACUCUCAGCAGAAGAUCGGAGGCGGAGGGUUCCAAGAAGCCGUCAACGCCCGCGUCGUCGAGAACAUGUGA